UGCAAUAAGACACUUCGUCUUUGUACAUAUUUUCCCCAUAUAUUUGCAAAAUGUUAGAACUGCGAGAUAGAAUCGCAGCGAUAGACAGAGCACUGCAGGAUGUCCAAGAGGUAGAAAUUGCACGACCUGGAACGCCAGUCCGCCACAGUCUGGACCACCGCUUCGACAAAACCGCGCCAGAAGUCGACGCAGCCCCCGCUCCCACACCUGCACAAGAGAAAGCCAACCCAUUCGAAUCCCUCAACUCGCCACCGGAAAAACGAUAUUACGAUAGCAUCGCGGCGGCAUAUGGACUGGGAAUUCUGGAUACCGAGGAGUUUAUGGAGUAUAUGGUAUACAACGCGUUUAUUACGAACUUGCGGAUCUGCCCUGUGCACUUAACAGAUUCGGGACACUUUUAUUAUGUAGAGCAUCGCUCGUUUCUUCCGCAUGUUCCUGGUGUGGUUUUGAGGCAGGGGACGGAUAAGCAGGGGAAGAGUUUGGGGGUUGCGCAUCUGCCGCUGACAGGGUCGAAUAGUUUUGGGAUUGGCGAUUUUGAGGCGAGGCCUCUGGGCAUGGUUUGGGAGAAGAUGGAGAAUACUGGGUUUUGGACGCAUAUGAAAUAUGGGUUUGUGCAUGAGUUACCGAGUGGAGAGAGGAGGACAUUUCAUUGGAUACGGACGAGGAAUAAUUUGAUGGAUGAUCAGGGUGAUUUGGUGCUCGUGGAGGACGGGAAGGAGGAAUUGAUAUUAGGGGAGUAUUUGGGGAAGGGGCUAUUGAAGUGGAAGAAGAGAGGGAGACUGAGGAUUAGGGAGGUCGGGGCUUUUGGUGAGACGUGGGAGUUGGUGGUUUUGUUGACCUGGGCUUCGGUCGUUGAGUUGUCGAGACGAAGAGCGAGAGUGAGGCGCUAUUCCCCGACCCAUCUUAUCGGCGUAUGAUCGUGGUGUAGUGGCGACAAUUAUCAGAGAGUUUGUUGAAAUAUAGAAAUUGGGUAAUAGAUACCAACUCUAAUUCAUAAUCGUCAGCAAUAAUACCCAACUUCAAAGGCC